AUGGAGAGAACAGGAAUUCAGAUUUCUGGCUUGAAACAAGCUCCACUGUAUGAGCUAAUUGUUCAGUCUACUCUUAAAGAAAAAUGCAGUGAAGACUUGUCUACAAAUAAAUCUUGCUUCUUUGUGUCUCUUCCAGAUUGCCCAAAGCACUGUUACUUCAUAAACAAGGGCUCAGAAAAAUCAGGUUUAGCAGGAGCCUUGGUCAGCAAGGUCCCAUUUAGCCAUCCAAAGUGUGUGCCUGGCGUAAUAGAGAUUCUUCGACAUCAAAUGGCAUAUAACACUCUUAUUAGCAGCUGUGUCUCUGAGAAGCAUAUAAAUGAAGAUGAUUCAGAACUGCUUUACUUUGAAGUGGUACCACACAAGAACACCAGCUUUUCUGUCUUUUUCCUUCAUCCUGUGAAAGAGAAUUUAGCCUGUGUGGUAAUAGAUGUUAUCACAUCUAGAGAAGUCCAAUGUCACCUUCAUUUAAAUCCUCAAGAUCCAACUCUAAAUUCUAGUGAUGACUUCAUAGCAAGAGCUGUGAAACGUUGCAUGUCAGUCCCUAUUGUCAUGAGAGCCAUUUUCAGGAAUGUUUCCAAGGUGAAAGCUGACAGUAAAAUACAAGAUGUGGACACAGAACAACAACCUGAACCACAAUCAGAGCACGCUACAAAUUCUAAGAGUCUCAAAGAAAGCCUUUCUGGGGUUGGUGGGCAAGACUGGAUAGUGACAGAUAAGCCAAAUAAUACAGACAGCACAGAAGAAAAUAUCUCUACAGCCAAACUGGAAAGUCUGGGUGAGAACAUGGAAAAAAAGUAACUCCUCGCUAUGCACCAAAACUUUGGGAAGGAAAGUAAUUCCACAGCUAGUAUAGAAGCUGAUGUGAUAGACAAAAAAACCUGAUGGUUUCAUAAGGAAAAAUAAAGUCUACUUAGUAAUUCGUGAAUGCAAACUUUUAAAUAUGGGAAAGCAAUUCCCUUGAAUCUACAUCUAAAUCUGUAAAGUCUAACACUGUUCUAUUAACCUUUGUCUUGUUACUGAAAACCUCAAAAAUUGUGAUGGUAAAUAAGAUUCCCUCUAACACUAUCUUUUUUUAUUGUCCGAAGGUAAGGCAUUACUUUAUUCUUGGUCAAGAGAUGUGCGUGGCUGACAAAGUUCCAGUCUCAAUGCUGAGGCCCAUACAAAACUUUUUCACUUAUUUAUGCAUUUUUAGUGAACAAAGACAUUAAUUUAUAUAAUUCUCUUCAUUAAUUAGUAUUCUAUCCCCUCUUAAUUAUUGAUUUCUUUCUCUUCAUGCUAAUCCUACAUCCUUUAUUCCUUCUUUUAUCUUCUUCUCAGACAGUUGCCAACUUUCCAGGCCUUAAUUUCCUCUGUAUCUUCUGGUUACUCUAGUCUCUUCGUAUGGCCAUAAAUGUAAGAUCCCAGAUGCCCAAUCUUCAAAUUCCUUUGGCUUUGUUUAUUGAAAAUUUUCAGGUUUAGUUUUAACCAACUUAAGGUUUCAGUGAUUUAAUGACCAAAGUAAAUGUAUGAAGAAACUUUAAUGGUGUUGGCUAAAAUUGGGCACUGUUAAAACAACUAAUUAAAAAUUAGUUAGGAAAGUUAUAUAACUCCAACACUGCAUCCUUUUCUACCAGAAUAUGGAAAAAAAAAAUCUAUCUAACAUACAUCAUACAGUCUAUGACACACCACAGGCAUUUGAAGUAACAUUUAUCUAUGUCAACAUUAUGCUAAAUAAAUUAAGAAAAAGUUACUUGAACAAUUUUUGUAUACACAAUUAAUAGAAUUCAUGCAGAUGCCUGUCUUUGUCUUCUAUUUCAUAAAUGCAUUCAAUGCAAGACUCUGAACUGCAGUUAUGCUUACCCCUAAAGCACAAAUGAUACUGAAAGGAAACCAAACUUAGUCUGUCAACUCUGACAGGAUAACAAUCUUCAGUAAGAAUGGUAUAAACUCAAGGAACUGAAAAAUAAGAAAUUUUUACCUUAGAUUUUUUUCUUGCCUCGAAGUAUGAAAUGAUUUUGUGAUUUUUU